AUGUCCUCCUCAGGUGCCCCCUCUGCCGCCAAUAGAACGCAGAGGCAUCUCGCUCUGUACAGCCAGGACGAACCCAUCGUCAUCGACCCAGGCUCGCUCGUCUGGAAAGUCGGCUUUGGCAGCGAACACGAGCCUCGCGCAUGCUUUCCACUCGACCAACAUCGCCACGCGACGGCCAGCGCUUCCGCUGCUCACGGGACCGCUACCGAGCAAGCAUCCUAUAUCGCGAUACAGGCCGCUAUGCGCUAUACCUUUGAGCAUGUCUUACUCAUCGAUCCCAAGCCUCGCACAGUCUUGCUCGUCGAGUCUCCCUUCAUGACACGCCAGUAUAAGCACGACUUGACGAAAGCUUUGCUCGAGAACCUCCAGGUGACAUCGAUGUCUUUUGCGCCCGCUUCACUGUUGUCGCUCCUCGCGACAGGUCGGACGACUGGACUUGUCGUCGAUAUCGGCGGAGACUUUACAACUGUCACACCCGUGUUUGCGACCAGGCCGAUCUAUGCUUCCGUGAUGAACACGCGUCGUGCGUCCAAAUGGCUCACUCGAAGACUGAGAUCGCUACUGGCACGUCAUGCUCGCUUUCUGCCGACGCCAGAGCUAUCGUCUCGCGCGCCGCCCUCAAGCACAGCACACUGGACUCGGGUACCCGACGACUUGCUGACCGAUGCGAACAUGCAUGAUCUGCAGGCACGGUCACUGUUUUGCGAUGCACGGGCAGCGACAGUGCUCGAAGAGGCGCAGCUUCACUCGCUAGCAGAAACUUACAAAGCGAGUGCCACUGCCAGCGACAGCUACGCGAGAGUACGCGUCGAAGACGACGGCGGCCUGCUGCAGAUACCCGGCUGGAUUCGAGAGUGUGCGGCAGAGACCUUGCUCGCCGAAUCUGACGAGGACGACCUUUGCCUUCCCGAGCUCAUCUUGACUUGUCUUGCAAAGCUUCCGAUCGAUUUACGACGGACGAUGGCCAGCAAUAUCCUCAUCACUGGCGGCAGCGCGGCAAUACCCGGUCUAAUCACAAGAUUGCAUCUCACCACGCUCGCCAUGCUCGCUCGAUCGACGUAUAGCGGCGGUCCAAGACGGCCCUCCCAUGCCAACAGAUUCAGCUCGCUGUUGCCGCUCAGCAAUGCAAUUGCCUUCUUGAACGACCCAACACCAGCAAUGCAUGGGAACGUGCUAUCCGGGACAAGCACACCUUUCGCGUCACACCUGCUCGCUUGGACAGGUGGUGCAAUCGCCUCCUCGCUACGAUCGAGCGGCAUGCCUCUUGCGAGGAGCGAAUGGCGUUCAGAUCACGUCCUCGCUCCCAAGGUCAAGAUGCUUUCGCCAAUGCAGCAGGCCUGCAAGCGCCAGGCGACGUCGAUGCACUUUGCACGAUCAUUCCAGACCGCUCCUCGAGCCUUCGUCAAAUCGAGCACGGCCAUCAGAGCGGGUGCAGUCGCAGCAGGCAGUCAAGGUCCUUACGUCAAAGGUACCGUCAAUGACCCAACGACGUUCCCUCCGCCCAGCAAAUCGCAUGGCUCUUAUCACUGGACCUUCGAGCGCUUCAUCUCCGCCGCUCUCGUGCCGGUCCUAGGCGCUACGGUCGUGACGAGCCCGAAUCCAAUGCUCGACGGCGUUCUGGCCGUCACGCUGGUCAUCCACUCGCAUCUAGGCUUCGACCAGAUUUUGAUAGAUUACCUUCACGAUCGCAAGUUUCCUAUCAUCGGUCCCGUCGCACGAUGGGGCGUCAGACUGGCUACCGUCGGCGUCCUCGUGGGACUGUAUCAGUUUAACACCAAUGAUAUCGGCAAGUUCCGUCUCCACAUCCAGCAAGCCACGUUUGCUCACUUGUCUCAUUGUUCACAGGCAUCACCGAGCUCACCAAGCGAAUCUGGAAGGCAUGAUGUUCCCGCCCUCGCAGCUAGCAUAGUGUUGUUCGACAUCGUACAGGGAUGCAUGGCGUUGACAGGUCUUCUAAGUACAAACUGCGAGCGCACUGAAAUUCGUCUUGACGUCGGGCUUUAG